AUGCAGCUGGUGCGGCGGUGCAGGAGCCGAAAGAAAGAGCAGGUUACCUUGGGCAUGCGCGGCUGGGCCACCCUUGCGGGGGGAUCCCCGGUGCCAGUGCCCAGUAAGUCGGAGGAAUGGUUCGAGACCCUCCGCUGUCCCACUGCCGAGGAGGAGGAUGCCUUCUUCGACUUGCGCCCAAAGGCCUGGCGCGAGAGGUCGGCGUCCGCAGCGGAGAAGUACGGUCUGCGCUCCCGUGGCUGCCGCCAGGGCACGGGAUCUUACGGUCAGGGCUGUGAGGAACCCUCCUCUGAGUGGCACAAGGACCUUCGGCCCUUGCACAAGUGCGUCUUCGUGGUGAUCAUGGAGCGCUUGCAGCUUCCGCCUGGAGCACUGGUGCUCGACUGGGGUGCAGGCUGUGGACAUAAACUCACCUGGGCUGCCCAGCUCUACGACCUCCGGGGCGUUGGGAUUGACAUCGUGCCAGACAACAUCAGAUGGGCACGGGAGCACUCCAUGGGGUUCUUCUGCCAAAUGGAUGGCCGCUUUCUCGACUGGAUCCCGGAUGACACCGUCGAUGCAGUGAUCUCCUACGCUGCGCUAAUGCAUCUGGAGCCCGACGACCAGUGCCUCACCGUGCUCACGCUGGUGGAGAAGGUGCGUGUUGGAGGGCGGCUUUGGUUUGGCUGGAACGCGCCGCUCAUCCGGAGUCUCGAAGAGCUGGUCCAGUUUCCGGAGUCCGAUCCGAAGUUCUGGAAUGAGUGUUUUGCAACGGCUUCGGCGCGGAAGGAACCGUGGUCGACUGGCCACGUGGCGAUCCAGUGGGAGACG